GAAUAUUGAAAUCUGGAUUAAGAUUGUUGAUAAAAUGUCGAGACAAAAAGGAUUCAAGUGCUUGUAAAGAUAAAGAUCCAGAUGAGGAUACAGGUGAAAAAGUUGAUUUUUUUUAUAAAGAUAUUGAUGCAGAAAAUUCUUCUAAUGAAGGCACAGAUGAGAACAUGGAUGAAGUAGAUUCUUCUGAUGAAAAUACAGAUAAGGGCAUAGAUGAAGUAGAUUUUUUUUGA